AUGCAUCAGGAAUGGCGCGUCCCCGAGGCCCCACGUUGGAGGGAGCGGCGACGUCAACUCGCGCGAAUCGCGGAUAGCUUUCGCGUCUGCACGGUGACGAUCGAGGCCCCGCUCGGCGGCGCGAUGGGGUGGCAGGAGGAGCUGAUUCAACGACUGCUCCGCGAGGAGGCCGCGAUUCGCCGCGCGGUGGAGCGGUAUCAAAUCCGAUCCGAACUCUUAAAAAACCGCGGCGAGAUCCGCUUCGUCGAGCACCUCUACCACACCCCACAGAGCAUGUUGGAUACGACGCCCAAGGAGAUCGGGUUUCGCAUCACCGGGGAUGGAAAUUUGGUGUUGAAUCAGAGUCUGAUGAACACCGGACAGAUGCUUCGCGUCUUGCGGGAUAACCUCAAACGAAUGGAAACCUUUCGACGGAUGCACGACGAUGCGUUGAAGGAGUUGGAGUACCUCAGCCGCCGCAUGCCACUCGAUUUUAGCGUGGAUACGGAGUGGAAGCUCCGCGAGAUCCACCUGGCGAGCGCCCUCGAGCGUUUUGCGCGGACGAUUAAAGAAAACGAGGCGGAGGUGGCGGCGUUUUUGAGUUCCCUUCUUCAAACGAACCCGUCGCCGUCGACGUCGAGUGGCAUGGGGAGCCCGUCGAUUCCGUCCAAGGACUUCGCGAUGAAGAAACGCAUGGUGUGGGUGAUCUCCGACCGCUUCAAUACGCUACCGAGCGGGGUGAUUUUCAUCCCGUAUAAUGUGAGCUUUGAUUCAAUCAAGAACAUGCUCCUCGCGAGGAAGUAA